UCCGUGCUGGCCAAACCUCAACUCAAACACCACUCUACGGAAUAGCGACCAACCACUUUUACGUGACGCCCAAAAGACGAAAGAAGAAAAAAAGAACUAUGAAGCUCCUUAGCCUCAACUUUUUGACCUGCGCGGUCAAGGCCUGCAAGUCCUCUGCAGCCUCGUUCCCCCUCCAUCCCAAGGACGCAGAGCUGGCGCAGGACGACAUCGAGGUCAACCCCCAACUUCUCUUCAACGUCCUGCCCCGCUUAGACUGGGCCGCUCUGCGAACGAACGCAACUGAGCUGGGCUUCCCCGAACUCCCCGCGGAGCCUCCCUCGGCAGAGCAGCUCGAGGGCGACGAGAAGAUGCUCAAGGACCUGCACCACCUCCUCAUGGAGACGCAGAUCAUGGAGGGCAAGCUCGUUUGCGGUAACUGCGGACACGAGUACGCCAUCCGCGAGGGCAUCGCCAACUUCUUGCUGCCGAGUCACUUGGUCUAAAAGACAGUGCUCGGUCAUGGGGCAAGUUUACAGAGACGAGAAUUUGAUUUGAGACGGCCGGCGAAGGCAAGUAGGCGUUUACGGCGUUUUUCUCUCCCUUCAAACAAGCAUGGAGGCUCUGUCUGAUGUGGGGGAGGGGAGGUGGGCGGCAAACAGAGGAAGAAAAAAAAG